CUAAGAUAGUUCACCAUGGUAUCUCUUGAACUGAACUCAAGUUUAGAUGCCCUAGUGGACCAAGAUGAGAUCAAUCAUGCAGUGGUGCAGCAGCUGAAUUCAGUGUUUGGUAACAACCUUAAGAACCUUGAGAAAGUCUCAGAGCUUGUGCAGGAGUUGACCAGGACAAAGGAUGAACUGGAGAAGAGGUUACGCUUUGCCACUACAGAAGCUCCAGACAAAAUUACAAAAGCAGUCAAAGCAGCUGAAGAGGCCCUAAAGAAAGAAGAAAUUCUUGGUGCACAAUGUGAUCGUCUUCACUACCAAGUAACUGGUCACAUACAAAAAUAUGGCCAGCUUCUUGAUGAUAUAGGUCCAGGAGUUCGGCAGGUGCGGGAAUUACAACGUGUUAAAUUGUACCAAGAUUUUGUCAAUGCAGUUGAUGGACAGAGACAAGAACUCGACAUAAUCCAAGAAGGAAUUAACAGUAAAGAGAUUGAAUCAGCUCUUCAUAUUGGUGCCGAGGGACAGGCAUUGGUGGGCUACAGUCAUCUUUUGGAAACAGCAAAAGGAGUACAAGGCUCUCGCUGUUUGAAUCUUGUAGCUUUUGUCACCAACACACUUCUCUACUGGCAUCAAGUGUGCACCCACAGGUUCACCAGUGAGUUUGAGAGUGUACUGAAGGCCAUCAAGUGGCCCUUCACCAGCUCAAAUGAGAGUGUACACCAGCCCCCUGCCUCACAGGAGUCUAUCCAGCGACUGUGUACCCUCACUCAGUACUUUCUGCAGCUCUCUUUACCAGAUGCUAUUGCCAGUGAAAAUUCUAGGAAAUCAGACUCUCCAGCUGCCUCUCCAGCUAUUGCUAUGGACUUUGAAACUUCUGUGCUACCAAUACAUCUUUUGGUCAGACCACUGGAGGUUCGCUUCUUUUUCCACUUUAGUGGGAAUAAACCAACAAAUAGGCGAGAAAAUCCCGAGUGGUACUUUACACAAAUUCUUAAAUGGAUCUCUGCCCAUGAGAAUUUUCUUAAGACACGCAUCCAGCCUGUUUUGAAUCGCUGUGGCCAUCAAAAGACUUCAGCUAAAGUGGAAUUCAUGAGAGGUUUGGUGCGUUUGGUUGUUAUCAAGUUGGCUGCUGAUCUUCCUGAGGUUCAGUAUGAUGAUGACAUAUUCUGCUCCACUGUCCAGGAAACCCUUAACUUUGAGCGGGAGAUAAGUCUGACAUAUGGAUAUCCAGCCUCUCAACCUUCUGUUCUUUCUGUCUUGACCCAGGGCCGCAUCUUUGCUUGGUGGAUACGUGUUGAGAGGAAGUUUGCUUUGGAGUUGAUGGAUGAGUUGGUGUCAGAUGAUGGAGCAUGGCAGGCAGAAGAGAGUGGUGAGGCAGCACACUGUGGGGAGAGGCUCAUCCUGCUCCUGCAAGGAAUUACUGACCGAUACAAGAGACUUCCUCAGCCUGGACACAGGUUACAAUUUCUGGAGCUUCAGCUAGAACUUCUUGAUGAUUUUCGUGUGCGUGUGUUACAGGUGAUGAAGAGUGAGAAGCAAGACCCACUCACCUCCCACUACCCAGCCAUCCUCAACACUGUUCAUUAUAUCACUGCCACACUUCAUGACUGGGCAGACCUGCCUUUCUUUGUGGAAAUGCAGUACUACCAGGAGUGUUUCAGCCGUAUUCAGGAGCAGACUAGUGAAGCUCUAGCGAGUUAUGACAACACCGUUCUUCCCACAACAUCUCCAGAUGAUCCUGCAUCUUUCAUCUUUAAUUCUCAUGAUGUUUCUCUUAUAAGUACAUCUAUUUCGCCAGAGUCACUAGCAAGGCAGGAUGCUCUUGAAUCGCUAAACAUAAAUACAGAUGCCCCUACAACAUCUCAGAUGGCUGAAGUGUCAGGUUCAGUGUUUGAUGGAACCAUCAGGUUAUACACACACAUAGAGGGUGAGAUGGUUCGUACACUUGCCACCUAUGUCUUCACUGAAGUUCGUGCCAGAAGUCAACCAUACCGCCAAGACAAAUGGUUUCACACCAUCAUCCCUAGAGCCACAACAGACUUUAACAAAAUAAAUGAGCUGAGCCCCAGUAUCUGCCCCUUAUUGGAAGUUCUUGCCAGGCAUCUCCAUGCUCUCAGAGACAUACUAGCAGCCCCACUCUUUAUGCAGUUGUGGCAGAUUGUGGCAGAUACUCUUAAUAAAUAUGUGUAUGAGGAAGUGAUACUGCAGACCCGGUUCAGUGAUGCUGGAGCCACUCAGUUCAAGUUUGAUAUGACUCGAGGACUCUUUCCCAUUUUUGGCGCAUUCACGCAGAAACCUGAAAAUUUCUUCAGAUUAGUGAAGGAGUCUGUGAUACUGCUAACACUACCGCAUCCAACAGCCUUCCUCUUGCGCGACACUAUUCGCAUGUGGCAAGAUGAUCAGGAUUCUUUCAGCUUGGUUGUUUCACCGGUCAAGGCCUUGGCUGAACACAGUGUUGUGCUGCUUAGGCCAAAGGAAGCAGACACAGUUUUAAACAUCAGAAUAUAUGAUCGAGACUGAUUGUCUAGCCUAUUGAAAGGUUCUUAAAAAUAUUCAAUAGUCUUGUGUUUACUUUUUACUUUUUAAAUAAUUAGCACAUUACAUCUAGCAUCCAUCAGGGAGGCAAGAUUAUUUUUGUAUAAAGUAUGUAUGUAAAACAAAUUCCAAUUUAGAAAAGCUUGGAGGAGGUACUUGUUUUAAAAUUUUUUUUUUUUUUAAGCAAGAAUUGUGUCCAUAACAUUUUCUAAUUAUUGUAACCCAAAUAUUAAAUGCUUGAGCAAAUA